CGCCCUCUAUGCGGGACCUAAAGAAUCAAGUACACAGGGUUUUGGUUUGUAAGAAAAUGGCGGAAGGGGAACUCAAUGUUGACAGCCUCAUCUCAAGACUACUAGAAGUGCGGGGAUGCAGGCCAGGGAAGAUAGUCCAAAUGACGGAGGCGGAGGUACGUGGGCUGUGCAUCAAAUCUCGGGAGAUCUUCCUCAGUCAGCCUAUCCUCCUGGAGCUUGAGGCCCCUCUCAAGAUCUGCGGUGAUAUCCAUGGCCAGUACACGGACUUGUUGCGGCUCUUUGAGUAUGGAGGCUUCCCUCCUGAGGCCAACUACCUCUUCCUAGGGGACUAUGUGGACCGAGGGAAACAGUCUCUAGAAACCAUCUGCCUCCUGUUGGCCUACAAGAUCAAAUACCCAGAGAACUUUUUCCUCCUGCGUGGCAACCAUGAGUGUGCCUCCAUCAACCGCAUCUAUGGCUUCUAUGACGAGUGCAAACGUAGGUUUAACAUAAAGUUAUGGAAGACUUUCACUGACUGCUUCAACUGUCUGCCUAUUGCUGCGAUUAUUGAUGAAAAGAUUUUCUGCUGUCAUGGAGGUCUCUCUCCUGAUCUUCAGUCUAUGGAGCAAAUCCGCCGUAUCAUGCGACCUACUGAUGUCCCUGAUACAGGCCUGCUGUGUGACCUACUGUGGUCAGAUCCCGACAAAGAUGUGCAGGGCUGGGGUGAGAACGACAGAGGCGUGUCUUUCACUUUUGGGGCUGAUGUGGUCAGCAAGUUUCUCAACCGCCAUGACCUGGAUCUCAUCUGCAGGGCUCAUCAGGUGGUGGAAGAUGGGUAUGAGUUCUUCGCUAAACGUCAGCUGGUGACUCUGUUCUCUGCCCCUAACUACUGCGGGGAAUUUGACAACGCUGGUGGCAUGAUGAGUGUGGAUGAAUCUCUUAUGUGCUCCUUUCAGAUUUUGAAGCCGUCGGAGAAAAAGGCGAAGUAUCAGUAUGGCGGCGUGAACUCGGGGCGCCCCGUCACCCCACCUCGCAAUGCUCCGGCCCCUAAGAAGAGGUGAAAGGUUUUCCUUUCUCCUGUACAUCUUCAUUAAAGACAACUAGACCUUUCCCACGUCGCCUACAGCAAGCCCUUCAACCCCAAGCCACUACUUUACUUGUGUAUAUACUUUCUUUCUUUCUUUCUUUUUUGCUAUAUCUAAUGUUCUGUUCUUUGCUUGUUUGUUGGUGUUUCUAUUAAUUGAUAAAAAGGAAACAACUGUGGUUAUUCAAUACAGUGAGACACGUUGGUUAUCCCACGCUAUAUUACACGGUACUGCAAUGUCAGACAAAUAGUUAAAGUGUAUGUGUUUAAAUGUGAGCAAAAUAAGUGCACUGAUGGGCAUGUGUUUUGGACUUUUUGCACAUAAACCACAUCUUGCAAACUGUUACUGUGCCAGUACGCCACUCAAACUUUUGCUCAGAUGUCCUGCAUUUAUAACAGGACUGGAAAACUUAUGUUGGUUUAUUCUGCGAGACACAAGAAUGUAACUUUAUUGAGACCGCAAGAAAUUUAUCGAAUGUCUUCACAGGUGCAAACUUUGCAAAUACAAAUACAUGUUUUUAUCAAUAAACAAUCAAGAAGAAAAAAAUAAGAGGUAAAAAAAAAAAAAACAACCUAAAUAACUUUGAGGAUUCCUAAUAACUACACACUUGUAAUUUAUUACCAGUUGGUGAACCCAAGGUUUUUUUCAAUCAGUCAUUGAGAAAACACUUCCAUUUCCAAGUACUAAGUGUAAUAGGAUAAUGUUGUUUAACUGUGUACCAGUGUUUGAUAUAGACAGUGUUUUAAGAGGCAGAGGAAGAUGGAGAAGAAAUCAUCUUGCCCUGAUCUGUAGAUUUGGACCCACAUUUAACUAGUGUGAACAACUGUAGGUAAAAGCUCAUAUAGUGUAAAUAUUCACAGCAUCAUUAUUCUCAUUAUACACAAGCCAUACUGAAGACUUUCUGGAGCAGUAUUGGGUACCAUGCACAUUGCUGGAUUCAUAUUUAACCUGUUAAAAAAGUGCCAUAACUCUACUCACAUAUUACACUGGCUGCAGAUGCUUCGAAUAAUUCCUAAUCAGUCAUUUCUGGAAUAAUCAAGGUCACAGAGUGGGAUACAGUAAACAAUAGGGCCAUAAUGUAUGUCUUAUCUUAGUGUGUCUGGGAUUAAAUUUUACUUAAAAUGUAUAAAUACAGUAUGUGUAUCUCAGAGGUCAGCUUUGGGUGUACUCAUAUUUGAAUUAAAUUUGCACAUUUCCCAAAUGUAAAAGUGUACUGAACAGUUGUAAUGUGUGAGCUUUUCACCUUUGGCUAAUUUGUCUCCACUGGUCACUUUAUUAGCACAGAUGAAGGCAGCAAUAGAAGCCUUGUGUGCAACAGUAAUGCCUUACACUGCUACUCAGUUCUGCCACCAGUGUUCUCAAAUUAUUUUGCUUGUAUUUCAAUUAACAUGAAUAGAUUGAAUAGAUGUGCAAAUUAAUUUAUAUUCUGGCCUCUGAAUGAUGAACUCUGCAAAUAGUGUGCUGUUUUAAUGCUCUGGUAAGGGUGAAAUUUUUUCUUCAGGAUUUUUGAUGCUUAUUAGAACUUUCACUAAUUGGCUUUGCCUAGAUUUUGCAAGAUGAACUUUUUGACCUGCUACCAAAAGUCUGGAAAUAUUAGUGUUUUCAAAUCACUUUUAAGAUUUGUACCAGUUUGUUUCAGACUCCUUGAAUGAAAUAAACAGACUAGUGGAAAUAA